AUGCUCCUAGCCAGCCAACGGCCCAAUAGCCCACAACCCCUCAUCCCGUUUCCUCCUACCAGCAGGCGGCCGUUCUCAGCAACAGCCCACCUAUCGCGGGACCACCACUUCGACACGCUCAAAUUCGUACAACGGCUCCAAGACGAAGGCUUCAACGAAGAGCAAACCAAAGCCAUGAUGAAGGUCCUCAGCGACGUGAUAGAGGAGAGCAUCCAGAACCUCACGCGCACAAUGGUCCUCCGCGAGAACGCCGAAAAAGCAACCUACGAGCAAAAAGUCGACUUCGCCAAACUGCGCUCGGAGCUGCUGACGGCCGACUCGACCGAGUCCUCGCUGACGCGCGCGUCGCACGAGCGGCUGACCAACGAGCUCGCCAAGCUGAACAACAGGCUCAGAGACGAGAUACAGCGCACGCAGGCGAGCGUGCGGCUGGACCUGAACCUCGAGAAGGGGCGGAUCCGCGAGGAGGCGAAUGCGCAGGAGCUCAAGAUCAAGGAGACGGAGACGCGCAUUGAGCAGGAGACGGCUGUGCUGAGGGAGAAGCUGGAGGCGGUCAAGUUUUCGACGCUGCAGUGGCUCAUGGGGGUUUGUACGGGGACGGCGGCGCUUAUUUUGGGCGCGUGGCGGUUGUUGAUGUGA